AUGGCCGCGACAAAGCCAUCUCUGUCAGACCUGGCAGGUCCUACAUACACCACUGCUCAGACGUUGAUUCAGCAAGUGGCGUAUCUGCUGAGCGACAAGAUCUUCUCUUACUCCCCCGAGACAUUUGAUCUGGACUCAGCCUUGCGGGAAUGGUCCGCAGCUCAGGAAACAAAGGCCAAUGGCGAAGCUCCAGUGGUGAACACUCUGGAGACUCGCCAGGGUGCUGGUAACUUGGCUCUGGGCUAUCUGUUCUCUCAGGAUUUCGACCUGAAGAAACGACAUGUUCCUCAGGGAAUUGUUGCGUCUUCCGCAACUCUCCCGUAUAUGCGAUCUGCUUUGGAACAGCUUUCGCUGCUCUACUCCGUCGCGAGUCCCGUGGCUGCUCACGUUGCUGCCGUGGACUACAAUAGCGAUGAGGGUCUUGUCUCGGACUACGCCUCCGCGCUUUCGUUGGUUGAAGAUUUGGGCUUGGGACUGGUCAGCAGUGGCUCGGCUCACGAGUCGCAGCACAUGGCGCUCUUCACAACACUCCUCGCCUCGGUCCUGCCCUCCAUCCACAUCUACGACGGCGUCCGUGUCGGCCGAGACACUACUCGGGUCAUUGACGUCUUGGACAAGGAAGGGCUCACACGCAUCUAUGAGACAGUUCGCGGUGCCCUCGAUGAGUCGCGAAACCGUCAUCUCGACUCCCAAGGCAAGCUUUUGGAGAUCCUGAAGAGCCUCAACGGCGAGUUGGGCACCGACUACGGCGCCUUCGAGUAUCACGGCCAUGCACAGCCUGUUUCUGUCUUGGUGGUCUUCGGCACUGUCGAGGCAGCUCUCGCCACCCAAGUUGCACGUUCACUUGCCAAGAAUGGCGUGCCCAUUGGUGUGGUCAAUGUUCGUGUUUACCGCCCCUUCAUUGAGGAGGAGUUCUUGCGUGUGCUCCCCAAGUCCACCAAGACCGUCGGUGUUCUCGGCCAGGUUGCUAGCGAGCAGGCCGUCCAAGAAGAGGGUGUGCACUCUGCACUCUUCGAGGAUGUCCUUGCGUCUUUGACGUUUGCUACCGACCGCGACCACGCUGCAGUUUGCGAUGAGAUCAAGUAUUCUCGAUCUCAGCGCUGGGAUCUGAUCAGCAUCGCCGCCACAUUCCAGCGCAUCUUCGACAAGCCAAUCCUGCCUGUUGAGAGCACCGGCAAUGGAGCGUCCCCUCUCCAACUUCUUGAUUCCGCUACUGUUCAAGAGUACACUUUCUGGGACGUUGACAGUUCCAUUACUGAAGAGGCUUCUGUUGUUCUCAGCCAGGCACUUGCUGCCGAUUCCGCCAGUAACGUCACUGUCAGCAGAGUGAACGACAACCUGAUCCAGGGGGGAGCCAUUCGAGUUGACAUCCGCAAGAGUGCCAAAAUCAUCGAGGCUCCCUACGCUAUCACCGCUGCUGACGUCUCCUACGUUGGCAACAUUGCCAUUCUCAACGACGUUGAUGUUCUCGCCUCCGUGAAGGAUAAUGGAAAGCUCAUUCUCAGUGCUCCGGGCGUCAAGGAUGAGGAUCUCGAGAAAAAGCUUCAUGUUGCUUUCCGCAAUGCCGUCGCUCAGCGUGGUAUUUCACUCUUUGUGGUUGAUUUCUCUGCUGCUGAAGACACGUCUUUGGAGAGAGAGAUUCUGCAGGCUUCCUUCAUCCGCGUUGCUCUCCCUGCUCAAGAGGGUCUCGCCACGAAGAAGCUGGCUUCAGUUUCCGGUGAUUCUGAAUCGUUGGAGAAAGUCAGCAAGGAACUCGAGAAGGUUCUGCGUGAGAUCGAGAUCCCUGCAUCGUGGAAGGAGGCGGCGGAUGUCAGCGAAAUGACCCAGCUCCCUCGAGACAUCACUCCCAACAGCUUUGUCGCUUUCGACAAGGAAGAGUCAGAGCCCCCCACCCUGCUCAAGGACUGGGAGACUGCCGCCCGUGGCCUGGCCUUCAAGGAGGCCUUUGGCACCCGAAACGCUCUUCGCCCUGACUUGGCCACCAAGACUUUCACUGUCCACGUCAAGGAGAACCGUCGUCUCACCCCCGUCACCUAUGACCGAAACAUCUUCCACAUCGAGUUCGAUCUGGGUGACUCCGGUCUGACCUACGAUAUUGGAGAGGCACUCGGUGUCCAUGCCGAGAAUGACCCAGAGGACGUGAUGAACUUCAUCAAGUUCUACGGACUUGAUCCUGAUGCGAUCGUCGAGGUGGCCAGCCGCGAAGACCCUGCCGUCCUCGAGAACCGUACUGUGUAUCAGGCUCUUGUGCAGAAUGUUGACAUUUUCGGUCGUCCCCCCAAGCGCUUCUAUGAGGCCUUGGCUGACUUCGCGAGCGACGAGAAGGAGAGGACUGACCUGCGUACCCUGGGAGGCCCAGAUGGUGCUGUUGAAUUCAAGCGUCGUGCUGAGGUCGACACGAUUACUUUUGCGGAUGUUCUGCUUGAGUAUCCUUCCGCUCACCCUGAUUUCCACGAGAUUGUGCGCCUUGUUGGACCUUUGAAGCGCCGUGAGUACUCCAUCGCUUCGUGCCAAAAGGUCAGCCCCAACAUUGUUGCGUUGAUGAUCGUCGCUGUCACUUGGACCGAUCCCAACGGCCGCGACCGCUUUGGUCUCGCCACUCGUUACUUGAGCCGUCUGCAGCCUGGCACGCCCGUCAGCGUCAGCGUCAAGUCCAGUGUCAUGAAGUUGCCUCCCAAGUCUACCCAACCGUUGAUCAUGGCCGGUUUGGGUACCGGUCUCGCACCCUUCCGAGCCUUUGUCCAGCACCGUGCCCUUGAGAAGGCUCAGGGCAAGGAGAUUGGCUCUGUUUUGCUGUACAUGGGCUCCCGCCAUCAGCGCGAGGAGUACUGCUAUGGCGAGGAAUGGGAGGCAUACCAGGCUGCCGGCGUGAUCACGCUUCUGGGUGCCGCAUUCUCUCGUGACCAGCCCGAGAAGAUCUACAUCCAGGAUCGUAUGCGCCAAACUCUUCCCGAGAUCAUUCAGGCGUACAUCCGCGAGGAAGGUGCUUUCUACCUCUGCGGUCCCACUUGGCCCGUUCCCGAUGUCACUGCCGUCUUGGAGGAGGCCAUCGCGACCGAGGCCAAGCUCACCGGCAAGAAGGUGGAUACUCGCAAGGAGAUUGAGAAGCUCAAGGACGAGGAGCGCUAUGUUUUGGAGGUGUACUAG